AUGGCGUGUCCGCAUGUUGCCGCAAGCAACCUCUCCAAGCCGACGUACGCAGAUUCGGUGUAUCGUGAGGACUGUACCCAAUGCUUCGAUUCCAUCGAUGACCGGGCUGGGCUGGAUGUCUGCCUCAAGUGCUUCAACGGAGGGUGCGCAGGCGAUCGCAACCAUGCCAAGCUGCACAGCGCCGCCCGCAAGCACCCCCUCGUUGUCAACAUCCGCCGCACCCGCAAGCAGGUCGCUCGAGACGAACCGCCACUGAAGAUGACGAAGCUCGCCAUCGCCGCCGAGACGGAAGCGGACCGGUACGACACGACGCUCACUGUCAAAUGCCUCGACUGCGGGAUCGACAACAUCGACAUGACCGACACCGCCAUUGCUUCGACGGUGGAGAGCAUCAUGAGCGCAAACACGUUCUCGCGAAAAGAGGAGGUCAAGGCGUGGGAGCAGGAGCUGACCAGCUGCGAGCACAUCCUCACGCUGCAGCAAUACCCGCCACGGCAGAUUGAGUCGCAGAACUUGGGGCACUGUUCCAAGUGCGAGCUGAACGAGAACCUCUGGCUCUGCUUACAAUGCGGCAAUCUCGGUUGCGGUCGAGCGCAGUUUGGAGGUGUGGGCGGGAAUUCUCACGCGCUGGCACAUUCCAAAGAAUCCGGCCAUGGCGUGGCCGUCAAGCUAGGGUCGAUCACGCCCGAGGGAAAUGCCGAUGUAUACUGCUACUCCUGCGACGAGGAGCGCGUCGACGAAGACCUCGGCACCCACCUAGCCAACUGGGGCAUCAUCCUGUCGGAGAGGCAAAAGACAGAGAAGAGCUUAACCGAGAUGCAGAUCGAACAGAACUUGCGCUGGGAGUUCUCCAUGACGACUGAGGAUGGAAAAGAGCUGACUCCGCUCUUCGGCCCUGGCUUGACGGGCCUCAAGAACCUGGGAAACAGCUGCUACCUGAACAGUAUCCUCCAGUGUCUCUACGACAUGCCAUCCUUCCAACAACGCUAUGGAGGCGGGGUCGAGUCACCACCUGACUCGUUGAACCCUGCUGAAGACCUGGAGACGCAACUGCUCAAAGUCGGGGACGGUUUACUCUCCGGCCGUUACUCCAAGCCAGACUCGGAUGUGAUUGUCUCGGAGCAUACCCCCGAGACUCCCCACCAAAAGGGCCUCCAGCCCUCCAUGUUCAAGCACCUGAUCGGCCGUGGACAUGCCGAGUUCUCUACCAUGAAUCAGCAGGAUGCCUUUGAGCUCCUGCAGCAUCUGAUCAAGCUCAUCAGCCGAUCGAACCAUCAGUCAAGCAGUGGCGAUCCCACGCAGUCGAUGCGUUUCCUGAUGGAGCAGCGACUGCAGUGUCUGGGCUGCAAAAAGGUUCGCUACAGCAGCGUUGAGCAAGACAGCAUCUUCAUCGACGUGCCGCUCGAGAAGCUCCCUGCCGAGGAGGGCCAGUCGCCCAAGUACAGGCCGGUCGAGUUCAAGGAGUGUUUAGACCGCUUCACAGCGCCUGAGGUCGUCGAACUGACCUGCUCCGCAUGCGGCAGCAAGGAAGGGUUCCAGAAGCGCCAAUUGUUCAAGACUUUCCCCGAAGUCCUGGUCGUCAAUGCGCGCAAAAUGACGGUGGAGAACUGGGUCCCCAUCAAGAUCGACGUUCCCGUGCUGGUUCCGGAUGAGCCCUUCCCUCUGGAUCCAUAUCUCUCCAAGGGACAGCAGCCGGAGGAGGAGCUGUUGCCCGAGGAGGCCUCGCCGGCAAGCAAUGUACCUGCAUUUGCACCAAAUCCCGAAGCUCUGGCGAUGCUCGAGGCCAUGGGAUUCCCGAGAGUUCGUUGCGAGAAGGCCUUGCAUGCUACGGGCAACAGCGAUGCCAAUGCGGCAAUGGAGUGGUUGUUUGGCCACAUGGAUGAUCCGGACAUUGACACUCCCUUGGACCUGGGCGGUAGCGGCGCCUCCACGGAGUCAGCUGCUGCCGCUGCCGCCGCCGAUCCCGUGAAGCUUGCGCAGCUGGAGUCAAUGGGUCUCGGCGGGCCACGCGCAAUCAAGGCGCUCAAGGAGACCAACGGGGAUCUCGACAGGGCGGUUGAGUGGUUGUUCAGCCACCUGGAUGACCCAGGCGAGUCCGAGGAGACUGUGAAUGCCGGCGGCGAGGGGGAGAACAAGAGCGCGACCGAGUCAGGAAGCAGCACCCUCCCGGCGAACUUUCAGCUCCAAUCCAUUGUGUGCCAUAAAGGGACCAGCAUCCAUACUGGGCAUUACGUGGCUUUCAUCCGCAAAAGGCUUGGCGACGAGAUUUCGUGGGUGCUGUUCAACGACGAGAAGGUGGCCAAGGUGGUGGAUGCGAACGAGAUGAAGCAAUUUGCCUACAUCUACUUUUUCAAACGGGUUUAG